AAUUUUGUCUUUGUUGUUUUAAUUUUGACAAAUCCUUUAACCAUUAUGAAAUUCUUGAAUUGUUAUUACAUGCUUUAGUCACGAGUCUGAUUAUUUAAAACAAGUGAACACCCAAGAUAAAGCGCUAACGAAUAUGAUUGGCUGAAGCCACAAAGACAUCAUCUGACGUGGCACUUUCUCUGUCUCCAGAGAUUCCACAUAGUGUGCUGAGGGGGAAGAAACAACAACACACGAAGACAUCUCCAAAGAGUUUUGCCUUUUCAUCGCUUCGAUCUUUUUCCAAUGGCUGUCAACGCUCCUAUAUCGUCUCACCCGCGAACACAGUUCCUCUCCAAUCCCGUUCUCCCCCGCUUUCAACGAUCAUACUCCACCGUAAAAGCACCAGCAUCAGCCUUCUCCGUCGUCUCAAUGGCUCCUCAGAAGAAGGUGAACAAAUAUGAUGCCAAGUGGAAGAAACAAUGGUACGGAGCGGGGCUAUUCUUCGAAGGAAGCGAAGAAGUAAACGUCGACGUUUUCAAGAAGCUUGAGAAGCGGAAAGUGCUCAGCAACGUCGAGAAAUCUGGCUUGCUCUCGAAGGCAGAGGACUUGGGACUCACGUUGUCAUCUCUCGAGAAGCUUGGUGUCUUCUCCAAAGCAGAGGAGCUCGGUCUUCUCAGUCUCCUUGAAACUUUAGCAAGUACAUCCCCUGCUGUCUUAGCCUCGGCCGCACUCCCGGCUCUGACGGCUGCUAUUGUAGCUAUAGUGCUGAUUCCUGAUGACUCAACUACUCUGGUGGUUGCUCAAUCGGUUUUGGCAGGUGCUCUUGCUCUUGGAGCUGUUGUUUUGUUGGUUGGUUCUGUUGUUUUGGAUGGACUUCAAGAAGCUGAUUGAUUCUUUCCAUAUGUAAACUAAACAUAAAUAAACCUUUUGUCCAAUUGA